UCAAUCUCUCUCUCCGACUCGACUCUCUGCCCUGCCGUUUUCUGGCGAGGCGUUACCAGCGUGUAGACUCGACGGGCUCCCCCCACCCUCCCUUUCUCUGCUUCCGGCACAUCUUAUCACCCCCACAACCUCUGCUUUCCUUACGGAUGGAGGAAUCGGCUGUUGAUGGACAGCAUCCGGAGAGCGAUUUUGUUGAUGCAAAAGUUGAACACCAAGGAGAGGAAGACUCUCCUGCUGCGGGAGUCCCAGAGGACCAAGAACCCAGUGAAACGAGGCUGAAGAACCAAAAACCUACCGAAUUAGAGCCCGAAGUCGAAAACUCCAGUGAAAAUGGUGUGGAGGGUCAAAACCUUAGCGAUGACGAGCAAGUGUUUGUGAAGGAAGCUCAACAAACUGAGGAGGAAGCAUUGGUAAACGUGCAAGCUGAACCUGACCAUGCAACAGAUGCUGCAACUUCUGUUGCUCAAGUUGAGGAUGCAGGUCUUGAUGAGGUGCCAGAAAAUGAAAGCGAGGGCGGUGAUACUCAUCCUGGACAUCAACAUGAACCUGUUACACCAAAUUCUCUUGUGAGAUAUUCGAAUGCAAAUGCUGAAGAUGACAGUAAGGGAACGCCCAAGAAUUGGCUGAAUGAAUCAAUGAUCGCAGAUGAUGAUGAAUCUGGGACACCAGAAGACCAAGCAGCAUUCAUGAAGGAGCUGGAAAGUUUCUGUAGGGAAAUGGCCUUGGACUUUAAACCUCCUAAGUUUUAUGGGCAGCCACUAAACUUGCUCAAGUUAUGGAGAGCUGUCAUCAGGUUGGGCGGCUAUGAUCGGGUAACUGGAUCGAAGUUAUGGCGGCAAGUGGGAGAAUCAUUCCACCCCCCAAAGACCUGCACAACAGUCUCUUGGACGUUCCGCAUCUUCUAUGAAAAGGCACUUUUGGAAUAUGAAAGGAAUAAGAAGCAGAGUGGUGAGCUCCAACUUGCCGUUGAAGCCCUCCCUGAGCCCUUAAGUGUCGAAAAGGAAGCAAAUGGUCACCAAGCUCCAGGAUCAGGUAGGGCACGAAGGGAUGCUGCAGCUCGUGCCAUGGAAGGGUGGCAUGUCCAGCGACUUUAUGGUUAUGGUGAAGUUGGUGAACCUAUUAUUAAGGACAAGAACCUGAAUAAUAUGCCGAAGCGUGAAAAAAGCCUCAAAAGCAUCGGUUCAGUUAAACACAAGAGACCAGCGGAGAUGGAGCAUGCCGUGAAAGCUGCCCGAACUGAAACAGCUAAGCAGUUGGUGACAACAGUUGUUGAUGUUGGCCCCCCUGCUGAUUGGGUGAAGAUCAAUGUGCGCGAAACUAAAGAUUGUUUUGAGGUUUAUGCUCUGGUGCCUGGGCUUUUACGCGAGGAGGUUCGAGUUCAGUCAGAUCCAGCUGGACGCUUGGUUAUUACAGGUCAACCGGAGCAGCCUGACAAUCCUUGGGGUAUUACAGCUUUCAAAAAGGUUGUGAGCUUACCUGCAAGAAUUGAUCCGCUUCAGACAUCUGCCGUUGUUAGCCUGCAUGGACGGCUCUUUGUUCGCGUUCCUUUUGAGCCAUGAAAUUGGUCAAAAAGUUUGAAUAGUUCUUGACGUGACAUCCAGAGAUCAGAGUAAUUGUGGAAGACAUUUAACAUUCUAGGAAGGGUUAUGAAGAUCAGAGAUGGUGCAAAUGCAGGCAUUGCUGAUUCAGCUAAAAAAACUACCAGCCUGAUGAAUGUGUAGCUAACUAUCUUAUUGUGUAUGUUUUCGAGUUGGGAAUUAGAAUUAGAGUUCUUGUGACUUGAGAAAAACUAUAGUUAGAUGGCAACUAGGCCUUUUCGGCUUUAGCCCACUGUAGCUUUUAUGAUUUCAGUGUAGGAUUUAUGGGCGUUUAACUUCCCAAAUCAGUAAGACUUCCAAUUUUUUCCA